AUGUCCUUGAUUUAUGCCGUCAUUGUGAGGGGAAACAAUAUAACACUUGUUGAUUAUGAAUCUAUGACCAGUAAUUUCCCUUCUUUAGCUAAGAAACUAUUUGACAAACUGAAAAAGAACACUCGCCAAACAUGUGUUUAUGAAUAAAAUUACCAUUUCCAUUACAUAAAUGAAAAUGAUUUCACUUACUUAUGUUUGGCAGAUGCAUUAUUGUCAAAAGCUACUGCCUUUGCGUUUUUAGAAGAAAUCAAAGAAUUGUUUUGUGAGAAAUUUCCUGAAAAUGUUAGAAGACAAGCAGUUAAUUAUGGAAUUCAAAACUAAUUUGUAGAGUACUUGAAAGCCAAGAUGACUUAUUAUAACAGUGAUCCAGAAAAUGAAAAAAUUGUCAGAUUAUAAAAGCAGUUGACAGAUGUAGCAAAUCAAAUGUCUCUGACUUUAGACCAAAUCUUAGACAGAGAAGAUUAAAUUUAGAUUUUAGUACAUACUACUUAAACCAUGACUACAUUUGCAGGUGCAAUGAAAACAACAGCAACAUAAGUCAGAAAAGAUUAGGAAAGUAGAGCUUUAAGAACAAAACUAUUUAUCGCUGCAGUUAUCGUUGCUAUGGUUUUGGUCAUUUAUUUGCUCUAUUGA